AUGUCUACGUCUCUUAUUCGUACUAUCAAGAAUAUUUAUCUGUCAGGCUUGAGAAGGGCUGCAUGGCAAAUCCAAAAUCACAAUGAUACCAAAAGAGGCUGGUUUGUGGGUGAAGAUGAUUAUGGUAACAAAUAUUACGAAACCAAUGUUCCAGAAGAGAUUCACUUGAGAACCAGAUGGGUGGAAUAUGCAGAUUGGGGUAUUGAUAUAUCGAAGGUUGAACCAGGAUGGCAUUAUUGGUUGGGUUAUGGUAUCAACACUCCCCCAAACAAAUUGAAAGGGGAUCUAAAGGCUGUUAGGAGUUAUCCCGUUAAGAAACAUGACAUGAACAUGACUGGUACACCUGGGGCCUUCGUAACGUAUAAUACUUCGAAGCCUAAAUUUGAAGCCUGGGCUCCAAAGGUCAAAGAAAGAAUUGAAGUUUAA